AUGCCUCCAAAAUUUGAUCCAAAUGAAGUUAAAUUCCUUUACUUAAGAGCUGUUGGUGGUGAAGUUGGUGCUUCAUCUGCUUUAGCUCCAAAGAUUGGUCCAUUAGGUUUAUCUCCAAAGAAAGUUGGUGAAGAUAUUGCCAAAGCCACCAAAGAAUACAAAGGUAUUAAAGUUACUGUUCAAUUGAGAAUUCAAAACAGACAAGCUACUGCCUCUGUUGUUCCAUCUGCUUCAUCUUUAGUUAUCACUGCUUUGAAAGAACCAGUCAGAGACAGAAAGAAGGAAAAGAACGUUAAACACUCUGGUAACAUUCCAUUGGAUGAAAUCUUUGAAAUUGCCAGAAAAAUGCAACACAAAUCAUUUGGUAAGAACUUGGCAUCUGUCUCCAAGGAAAUCUUGGGUACUGCUCAAUCUGUUGGUUGUAGAGUUGAUGGUAAGAACCCUCAUGACAUCAUUGACGCCAUCAACGCUGGUGAAAUUGAUGUUCCAGAAAACUAA